CCACCGCCGGGCGCGCCGCUGGCUAGCUCUCUCCCUGCUGCCAUAGCUAGCUAGCUACACGAAACGCCCGCCAUGGCGAUGAUGACGAUGAUGAGGAAGAAGGUGGUGGCGCCGAUGGAGCGGGUGGUGUUCGCGCUGAACGGGGAGCGGCAGGAGGUGUCCGCCGCCGAGGUGGACCCGUCGACGACACUGCUGGAGUUCAUCCGCACCUCCACGCCAUUCAAGGGCCCUAAACUCGGCUGCGGAGAAGGUGGAUGUGGGGCUUGUGUAAUCCUUGUAGCCAAGUAUGAUCCAAAGACAGAUGAAGUGACUGAAUUCAAUGCAAGCUCAUGUCUAACACUCCUUUAUAGUAUACAUUUCUGUUCAAUUAUCACCACUGAGGGUCUGGGGAAUACCAAAAAUGGCUUUCAUGCUAUUCAGAAAAGAAUGUCUGGAUUUCAUGCCUCCCAGUGUGGUUUCUGCACCCCUGGUAUGUGCAUGUCUAUUUUCUCCUCUCUUAUCAAUGCCGACAAAUCUAAGGAGCCUGAACCACCAAAAGGAUUCUCAAAGCUAUCUGUAUCAGAAGCAGAAAGGUCUUUCUCAGGCAACAUGUGCCGAUGCACUGGUUACCGACCAAUUGUUGAUGCCUGCAAAAGUUUUGCUUCAGAUGUUGACUUGGAGGAUCUAGGCCUUAAUACAUUCUGGAAAAAAGGUGACAAGUACCCAGAUGUUAGCAAAUUGCCAAACUACACACUUGGUGGUGGAAUCUGUACCUUCCCGGAUUUCCUUAAAUCCGAGAUCAAAGCAUCAUUAGAUUAUAUGAAUGAUGCUACUGUUUCAAGCCCCAGGGAGGGAUGGUAUUGUCCCAAAAGUAUCAAACAAUACUUUAAGUUAGUAAAUUCUAGUUUAUUUAGUGAAAGCUCAGUGAAAGUGGUGGUUGGCAACACAAGUGCUGGUGUUUAUAAGGAUCAAGACCUUUUUGACAGGUAUAUUGACAUUGCAGGAAUUCCAGAACUUUCAUCUAUUGUAAGGAAAGACAAGGGCAUUGAAAUUGGAGCAGCUACGACAAUUGCCAGGACCAUUGAAAUUCUUAAACAAGAAAGUGAAUCCAUAUCAUCUCCACAUGGGAGUGUGGUUUUCAGAAAACUUGCUGAUCACAUGAGCAAAGUUGCUUCACCAUUUGUCCGGAACACAGCAAGCAUUGGAGGAAACAUAAUUUUGGCACACAAAUACCCUUUUCGCUCUGACAUUGCUACCAUACUUCUUGGUGCCGCUGCAACAGUUAGUCUCCAGGUUUCUUCAAAAACACUACAUGUUACUUUGGAACAGUUCCUUGAGCAACCUCCUCUUGAUCACAGUACUUUACUUCUCAAUAUAUUUAUUCCACAUUGGGCUUCAGACUGUAAUAAAGAUAAUACUUUGAUAUUUGAAACUUAUCGAGCAGCUCCUCGUCCUCUCGGCAACGCUGUUUCAUAUGUUAAUUCUGCUUUUCUGGGACAUGUUACCUUGGAUAAAUCAUCAGGUGAUAAUGUAUUAAGUAACCUGCACUUGGCUUUUGGUGCCUAUGGAACUGAGCAUGCUAUUAGAGCAAGGAAGGUUGAGGAGCACCUGACAGGAAAAAUACUUACUGCAUCUGUUGUGCUUGAAGCAGUGAAGUUGCUUAGAGAAACAGUUGUACCAAUGGAAGGAACAACUCAUCCCGAAUACAGAGUUAGUGUGGCUGUUGGAUUUCUUUUCAGUUUCCUCUCUCCACUUUGUAAAAGCAUGAUAGAGCCUGAAAAAAUUCAGAAUAUUUCUGAAGAUUUGGUAGAUAAUGAUGUCCAUAACAUGCCAUUGUCUUCACGAAGGGAAGCACUUUCCGGUGAUGAAUAUAAACCUGUUGGAGAUCCAAUCAAGAAGUAUAAAGUUGAGCUUCAAGCUUCUGGAGAGGCUGUAUAUGUAGAUGAUAUUCCUGCUCCAAAGAAUUGCCUAUACGGAGAAUUUGUUUACAGCACACAACCUCUUGCUUCUGUGAAAAGUAUAAAUUUCAAACCUUCUUUGGCAUCAAAGAAGAUCAUUACUUUUGUUUCUGCCAAGGAUAUUCCAACUGGUGGACGAAAUAUUGGAUCAACAUUCUUGUUUGGGGAUGAAGAACCACUAUUUGCUGAUCCAAUUGCUGAGUUUGCUGGACAAGCUCUUGGUGUUGUGAUUGCAGAAACACAACGAUAUGCUGAUAUGGCAGCAAAACAGGCAGUUGUUGAAUAUAGCACAGAUGGUUUAAAGGCACCAAUCUUAACAGUAGAACAAGCUGUGCAAAAUAAUAGCUAUUUCCAGGUUCCACCUGAUAGGGCUCCCAAGGAAGUUGGUGAUUUUUCUAAGGGCAUGGCAGAAGCUGACCACAAGAUCAUAUCAGAAGAAGUCAAACUUGCUUCUCAGUACUAUUUCUAUAUGGAAACACAGACAGCACUAGCAAUUCCAGAUGAAGAUAAGACCAUUACAGUAUACAGUUCAUCACAAUUCCCUGAGCUCGCACAGAAUGUCAUUUCCAAGUGUCUCGGCAUUCCAUUCAACAGUGUACGUGUCAUUACCAGAAGGGCUGGAGGUGGCUUUGGUGGAAAGGCAGUCAGAUCACUCCAUAUUGCAACAGCAGCUGCACUCUGUGCACACACAUUACAUCGUCCUGUCCGCAUGUAUCUCAAUCGCAAUACUGACAUGGUCAUGGUUGGUGGUCGGCACCCGAUAAAAGCCCGUUACUCUGUUGGUUUCAAGUCUGAUGGGAAAAUUACUGCCUUGCACCUGGACAUACUACUAAAUGCCGGGAUAUCUGCUGAUGCAAGCCCAGUAAUACCAGGUACUAUUAUAUCAGGUCUGAAGAAGUACAACUGGGGUGCACUUUCAUUUCACAUCAAACUCUGCAAAACAAACAACACAUCCAAAUCAGUGAUGCGUGCUCCUGGAGAUACACAAGGGUCUUUCAUUGCUGAAGCCGUCAUUGAGCAUGUUGCUUCAGUACUCUCCCUUGACGCAAACACCAUCAGGCAAAAGAAUUUUCACACCUAUGAUAGCCUUGUUUUGUUCUACCCAGAUAGUGCAGGCGAAUCUUCGACAUACACAUUACAUUCUAUUUUUGAUAGAUUAGCUUCGACUUCUAGCUACUUGCAACAUGUUGAAUCCAUCAAGAAGUUUAACAGUUGCAAUAAGUGGCGAAAGCGGGGCAUUUCUUCUAUCCCCCUCAUUUUUAAGGUAGAACCAAGACCGGCACCUGGAAGGGUUUCUGUGCUCACUGAUGGCUCCAUUGUUGUUGAGGUUGGAGGAAUCGAACUUGGGCAAGGACUGUGGACGAAAGUACAACAGAUGACAGCUUUUGCUUUGGGACAGUUGUGGCCUAAGGGGUGUGAAGGUCUUCUUGACAGAAUCCGUGUUCUUCAAUCUGAUACAUUGAACUUAAUUCAAGGUGGUCUUACUGCUGGCAGCACUACAUCUGAAUCUAGCUGUGCAGCAAUUCUUCAGGCGUGCAACAUGCUGAUUGACAGAUUAAAGCCAGUCAUGGAUAGGCUGCAAUCACAGUCAGUCACAGUCUCAUGGGAUACAUUGAUUUCCCAGGCCUCUCAGGAAAAUGUUAAUUUGUCAGCGAGCACAUACUGGGUACCUGACCAAGACUCCAACUUUUAUUUGAAUUAUGGAGCUGGUACAAGUGAGGUUGAGAUUGAUCUUCUUACUGGAGCAAUUACCAUACUAAGGAGUGAUCUUAUCUAUGACUGUGGCAAAAGCUUGAAUCCUGCUGUAGAUUUGGGCCAGAUUGAAGGUUCCUUUAUACAAGGAAUUGGUUUUUUCAUAUACGAAGAACACCAGACAAACAGUGACGGCCUGGUUAUUAGCAACAGCACCUGGGACUACAAGAUCCCAAGCGUGGACACAAUCCCAAAGCAGUUCAACGCAGAGGUGCUCAACACCGGACAUCACAAGCACCGUGUGCUUUCUUCAAAAGCUUCCGGGGAACCUGCCGUUGUUCUUGCAGCAUCCGUCCAUUGUGCGGUGCGAGAGGCGAUCCGAGCAGCGAGGAUAGAGUUUGCAAGUGGCACUGGAUCUGGAAGCUCGUUGCUCACAUUUCAGCUUGAUGUCCCGGCGCCAAUGACGGUGGUGAAGGAGUUAUGUGGCUUGGAUAUUGUGGAGAAGUACUUGGAAGAUCUAUCUAGCCGUGGAGUUGGAGGUUGCGACUAGAGCAUUAUCUGCAAAUACGCGGUUCAGUUGGGUAUGAUUGAGCGUGCCGUUUGUUUCUCCAUUCACCUGGGCUUUGUAAGACAGUAAAAUUCAAAUGUCCGCGAUAUUUAGUGAUUUUUCUACUACGUCUUGAAUAAAAAGUUGUGCUGAUAUGAAUCCUUAUUCAACCUGGAUGGAGGUCUGUAUUUGUGUAUAAAAAACGUUUUAUGUUUAUCGCGAA